AUGCAGCAGCCUGCUGUUCAUGUACAAGGUCAGGAGCCUUUGACUGCUUCCAUCUUGGCAUCUGCCCUUCCUCAAGAGCAAAAGCAAAUGUUAGGUGAACGGCUGUUUCCUCUCAUUCAAGCCAUGCACCCUACUCUUGCUGGUAAAAUCACUGACAUGCUGUUGGAGGUCGAUAAUUCAGAACUUCUUCAUAUGCUUGAGUCUCCAGAAUCUCUUCAUUCUAAAGUUGAAGUUGUAGCUGUACUGCAAGCCAACCAAGCUAAAGAGGCUGCCCAGAAAGCAGUUAACAGUGCCACCGGAGUUCCAACUGUUUAA